AUGUGUCAGGCAAUGGAGCUGAGCGAGGAUGACAUUGUUUUAAACCAGGAGCGGCUGGUCCGGGGGAUCCAGCCGGACGUUAGAGUGGAUGGCAGACUGGGCUUCAAUCUUGUUCCGUUGGGAACAAUUGAGACACUGGUUUCUCAAUCCGUGCAAUCCGCAACGACAAAGUUCGCCGACCAAUUUAGGAGGAACGCCGCGCCGCGCGCGUUCCAUAUCCUUCUCAUCUUGCAUGAGAAGAAAUCAAAGACGCGGCGCGAGCGCACGCCCAGCACAAUGGUGCGCUGGCAAGCUGCGGUCAACCAGGAGAACGACCCGGAAAGUUGGGGCGAAUGGACCGCUCGUCACGGGCGGUCAGGCUCCGUGGUCUUGCCGAUGUCAAGGGCGAGGUCGGAGCAAUACCUCGCAGCGCUCCUCCAAGGAGAGGAGAUCCUUCCGUCGAUAGAACUCGACCGCAGGGAGAUAUACGGCCCGGUGGAAGGGUAUUUAUUCUUCUUCGGGCCACGUCUAUUCCCCCUACUUAGGAGGGAUAUGAAGCUCCGAGAACUAAGGGACGAAUUCACGCAUCUGCCCCUGAGCCUAGGGAAGCGUAUCGAUGAUGAUGUCCAUGGGCAAUUUGCGCGCCAUGUCCAACAACAAAUGGACAACAUAUUCGGUUUGAUGAGGGCUCUCACCCUCUCCAACGAGCACAACAACCCACGAGCACCUCUUCCCCUUCCCGUUCGGCGAUGA